UUGUGACAUAUUCUGAAGAUGUAUCUGCUCAAGUUCAAGCUGGGAGGAUAUGAGCACAUUGGUUUAGUCUCCAAGGAGGAAGAGGGGACAGUUUUAGACUUAGGCCAGUCAGUAUCUGCUUUUCCUUCUUGAGACUGGGACCAUUGUAAGUUCUAUUUCGGGAGAAGAGAAUUGCAUGGGAGUUGACACUGAGGAAAGUGUGAAGUUAUGGGGAAUUUCAAAGGCCAUGCUCUCCCUGGAUCCUUCUUUCUUAUCAUGGGGAUUUGGUGGACUAUAAAGUGCAUUCUGAAAUAUGCCUUCAAAAAGCAGAAACGGACUUCUUACCUUGAUUCCAAAGCAUUAUUCCGUCGAAUUGAAGUGUUGGAAGGAAUCAUAAUAGUUGGAAUGGCUUUAACUGGCAUCCUUGGAGAACAGUUCUUUCCUGGAGGACCACACCUGACCUUGUAUGACUACCAAGAGGGUCAAUGGGUCCAACUCCUGAGCUGGCAGCAUUUUACCAUGUACUUCUUCUUUGGGCUGCUGGGUGUGACAAACAUCUUAUCUUCUACCAUCAUUUCACUUCCUGCCUCCUUUAGCAAGUUAAUGUUAUCAAAUGCCUUAUUUGUGGAGGCUUUUGUCUUCUACAAUCACAUUCAUGGCCGGGAAGUGCUGGACAUCUUUGUGCACAAGCUUCUGGUCUUGGUCAUCUUUUCGGCAGGCCUGAUUGCCUUCUUGGAGCUUUUCACACAGACCAGUAUAACUGUGGAACUUCUGCGGACAAGCCUUAUCCUGCUUCAGGGAAGCUGGUUCUGGCAGCCUUAGCUCCUGCAUUAGUGU